AUGAGCAACGAUACAAAGUAUAAAGUAGUCAUUAUUGGUGAAGGGAGAGUAGGAAAAACAUCUUUAUUAGUUAGAUAUUGUAAAGGUGAAUAUAGCGAUAAGCAGGAAUCAACAAUUAAUGCUUUUUGUUUAUAGAAGUAAAUAUAAGUAAAUGAGACUGAUAAAGUUAAUAUUGCUAUUUGGGAUACUGCAGGAUAAGAAAAAUAUAAAGCUUUAGCUCCUAUGUUUUACCAAGAAGCAGUUUGUGCAAUUAUAGUAUACGAUAUUACUUUCAAAGAAUCUUUUGAUAAAGUAAAAAUGUGGGUGACUGAACUCACUAAGACUUUAGAUACAAGUUAGAUUAUUUUAUGCAUCGCAGGAAACAAGUGUGACCUUGAAAAGGAUAGAUAGAUUGAUAAAUAUUUUGCAGAAAGCUAUGCUUACUAAGUGGGUGCUUGCCAUUUCAUGACCUCUGCUAAGAACAACAAAGGAAUUAAUGAGCUAUUUCAAUAUAUUGGAUCAGAAAUACUUAAAAGAAAUUGUAUUAAAGGAAAGAAGAAAAAAGAAAGACUUGUAAUUAAUAAUCAAUCAUUUCAUGAAGCAAAUAGAAAGAAAGAAGAAGAAAGGGAUUAAGGUAAAUCUUGCUGUUGA